UAUCGCGCUCCGCUCCCCGAAUUGGUAGCUUAAUAGCUUGAUAGGAGGAGAAGCACAAGAACCGUCCCUACAGGGUUCUGCAGAACAGCGUUUACUUAAAUCCGGCCCCCUUCCUUCCUUCACUCCUGGCUCUCUCUAUAUCCAGACGAAAGUUCCUCCCUUCACUUCGGUCCUUCGUCUCUAUCCCACGAUUGUCUAGGCACCACCGUACCUUUUGGUCCAACAUGAACUCCCGUCGUGGUUCCAUCCAGCAGCCCGAGCAGCAGCCGCAGCAACAGCAGCCGUUGACUCUUCCCGUUGCCCCAGCUUCGUAUAUCGUCAAGACGCCAUGUGUACCGACACCGGAUUCGGCCUUACGACAUCAGGCGUCGCGCGACUUAUCCUAUUUCCCGCUCCAGGCCGAGACCAUCGUCGUCCCUUCGAACGAUAACCUUCUCGAGAACGUUGAUACCCUACGAAAUAAGCCCCUCUGGACCGAGAGUCAGAAGCCUGUCAAGAUCGCUGUCAACGCACCUCCGGCGCCGGUGGCGGCCAAGCUUGAGACACAGACGGAGCUCGAAGAACCAGUCAUAACCGUGCUGCCGUCCGAAGAGCAGCAGCCUCCUCCGCUACCGCUUUCCUCCACACCGGCUGUUCUGGCCAUUGUCGAUCCGAUCGUCGAGAAGAAAGUAGUAGCUUUCGAGAAGACAGCGCCACCGUCCCGGAGCUUGUCUGUCCUUAGUGUUCCGGCUAGCGUGAUUGCCACGAGCCCGUCCGACAAAGAAACCUGGGACCGCACGUUGUCCAGGGUCAUCAACGGUAUCGUGUCCAUCAAGGCCACGACCACGCGUCCCUUCGACACCGAGUCGGCGGGCGACUACACCGCCACCGGAUUCGUGAUCUCCAAGGAGCAUGGAUUGAUCCUGUCCAACCGCCACGUAGUCAACCCGGCGCCAAUCACGUCGGUCGCGGUCUUUGUCAACUAUGAGGAGAUCCCUAUCUGGCCCGUGUAUCGCGACCCGAUCCACGACUUCGGUAUCUUCCGGUACGACCCGGCGAAGCUCAAGCACAUCAAGGUCGAGGAGAUUGAGCUCCACCCCGAUGCGGCGCACGUCGGCGAGGAUAUUCGCGUCGUCGGAAACGACGCCGGCGAGAAGUUGAGUAUCUUGGGAUCCACGCUCGCGCGUCUGGACCGACAUGCGCCUUCGUAUGGAGUUGAUAGCUACAAUGAUUUCAAUACGUUCUACAUGCAAGCAGCCUCCGGCACCUCUGGCGGCUCAUCCGGUAGUCCCGUCCUGAACAUUCAGGGCCACGCUGUGGCGCUCAAUGCCGGCGGUUCCAACAGCUCUCAGAGCUCCUUCUAUCUUCCUUUGCACCGUGUUGUGCGAGCUGUCGAGAAGAUUAAGAGGGGCGAAAUUGUCAGCCGUGGUACCUUGCAGACCGAGUUUCUCUUCAAGAGUUACGACGAGCUACGCCGCCUCGGUAUGAGCGAGGAGCUCGAGGAGCAGUGUCGCACCCGAUUCCCCAGCGCUUCUGGACUUCUUAGCGUCAUCCGUGUCCUGAGAGGAGGUCCAGCGAGUGCCAACCGCAAGGGUGCAUCCGCUGUCGAAGGAGUCACCGCGGAGGGCUUUACUCGUGUACCCGGUCUCGAGCCGGGCGAUAUCCUCUUCUCUUGCAACGGCCAGCACAUCACCGGAUUUGUUGACCUGUGGGAAAUCAUCGAUGAUAGUGUUGACCAGGAGAUCACCCUUGGUAUCUUCAGGGUUGGUAAGAACGGAGGUGCCAGCGGGAUGUGCCAGGUGACUGCCCGGGUCCAGGAUCUGCACUCGAUCACCCCUAGCCGGUUCCUCGAAAUCGGAGGCGCCACUUUCCACGACCUGUCGUAUCAGAUCGCCCGCAACCACAACUGCGAGCUGGGCACGGGCGUCUUCUGCGCCGCCUCCGGGUUCCUCUUGUGGUCGUCAUGGAGUCGCGAUUUCCUUGUCACCAGCGUCGACGGAAAGCCUACCAAGACACUCGACCAGUUCGUCGAGGUCCUGAGCGCGCUUCCCGAUCGCAAGCGCAUUCCUGUCAUGACCAGGCCGCUGGGCAAGUCCGACGAGCACGUCAUGAUGGUGGACAUGGACCGCCACUUCUUCCUUGCCGCGCUGUUCGAGCGCUGCGACUUGACGGGCACCUGGACUCGCAAGGAGCUGGAGGCUGCGCCCUUCGAAGUGGCCGAGGAGCCCCAGACCUCGAGCUCCGUCUGCGAGACUGAAAUCGAAGAAGAGGAGGAGGAGGACGUCGAGACGAUUGCAUUGGAUAAGAUCAAGUCCGCCUUGGUUAACGUUGUCUGCCGCCUACCUUAUUCUGUCUACGGAAACACUUCGGCGUCCAACUACUCCGGUGUCGGACUUAUUGUCACUGUGGACCCGAUUCCGUUGGUCGUAUUCGACCGUACCGCCGUCCCCACCGAGAUGCUCGAUAUCCGGUUGACGGUCUCCAACAAGAGUUUCCCUGGAAAGGUGGUGUACCUCGGUGCAUUCACCCUUGUAACCUUUGAUCGCAAGCUCCUUCCAGAGGACGUUACCCUCCCCACGUGGGACGAGGUUCCCUUGAAGGUCCGCGACGAGGUCAAGGUCAUCGGUCUUACUUCGGAUCAGCUCUUGGUGACCAAGGAUUCGUCCAUCUGCAGCAUCGGCAUGAACUUCAACACCAAGCAGUGCAACCCUCCCCGCAACCGUCUGAUCAACGUUGAGAACAUUAACGUGCUCGAGUCUCCCAGCUGCUGGGGCGGUGUAAUCGUGCGCAAGCCUGCCACGCCCACGAGCACCCACAACGUAUCGGCGUUCUUCAUGGCGGUAUCGUCCCAGAACCGCGCUGGUGAGGACGUAUGUUGGACCCAGGGCUGUGAAAUCCAGCGCUACAUCAUGCCGGUCGUGCGCAAGAUCCAGGAGAGUGUUGGUACACCCAUGGAUGUCGAGCCGCCCACCAGGGAUCUCGGUAUCGAGUUUGCGGACUUGCCGCUCUCCACUGUGUCCACCAUGGGGCUAUCGGAGCGCCGCUUCAAGGGCUUCGUCAAGGCCGCCAAGAAGUUCCGUGGCAACCCCCGCCCGCUGGUCGUCGAGACCCGCCUGCGCCCGACCACCCCUGGCACCGACAAGGAGGCCGCACUCAAGAUCGCCGACAUCGUGCUCGAGAUUGAGGGUAAGCCCAUCUACCGCGUCAGCGAGCUGACGGAGCUUAACCUCGACAACAAGGAGCAGGUCGAAGUGAUCGUGCUGCGUGGCCGCCAAGAGGUCAAGCUUACCAUCCCCACGGUGGCAUCAUGGCCGUCGUCGGGCAAGACCAUCGUCCAGUUCUUUGGCGCGAUCCUGCACUCGACACACAGUGCCGCAUUGGAGCAGGUGUCGUCGACCGCGGCCCUGGUCCCUCUGGACUCUCCCGGCGUCUACGUCGGCGGCGUAUCCUACGGCUCCCCGGCACUCGACAACAUCCGCCCCACACACUGGAUCCUUGAAGUCGACGGCUCCCCCGUGAACUCUAUCGAAGACGUGCUCUCGCUCGUCCGCGAGAAGCGCUGGCAGCAGGGUGAUUACGUCCGCGUCAAGCAGGUGUCGCGCAAGGGAAUCACCUCCCUUGUCAGCGUCAAGGUCGACGAACGCUUCUGGCCCACGCUGUGCUGGACCAAGGAUACCGAGAACGCUGAAGGCGCCGGAUGGAAGCAGGAGCGGUGGAGUGGCGAGGAGUUUGUGCUGCCUUUCGGACAGUAGACGUUGAGUUUUUGGGUCGGUUGGGUUGGCGUUGCUGUUGAUUGAUUGUCUGGUUGUCUGAUUAUGAUUCCUUUCUCUUUC